AAUUUGAAUACCUUACACUCUGUAAGCAUCACGCGACGGUAAUAGACUGAUACACAUACUUAACCAGGAAUCACAUACACACACAUUGUAUAGGAUUUGUCUAUAAUGAUGUUGGUGGUUAUACUUAUGAUUUCGGCAGUCCAUCUACAUGGUUCUUUAGCAGUUUCUGAGCCUUUUCCUAUUCGUGAUCUUCGCUUAGGGAGAGAUCCACGAUGCCCUCCCAACAUGAGUGGAUUCGGUAUUUGUGCUUUUAUGUGUGGCAGUGGAGGAUGUGAUUCCGGUAAAAUAUGCUGUCCAACAGCGUGCGGAGGAACUACUUGUCAAACUCCUCGUGCACCUUCGGCUCCGCAGCCCCUUCCCAGCCCCUGUCCUCCGGGCGUGCCCAUGGCAUCCUGCUCUCAUCUUCCAUGUGACAAAGAGAGUUGCCCGAACUACCCAUACGCCAAAUGUGUGAACAAUUACUGCGGUGGUUGUAAUGCAAAGUUCUACGUAAAGGGAAAAGAAGUGACGAAAACCUGUAAGAAAAUAACACCUAUUAAGCCCCACUUACCAUCGCCUUGCAAGAAAGGAGUACGCAUGGUGCAAUGCUUCGCCAACCCUUGUGAUGUACAACAGUGUCUCAGUCUGCCACAUGCUGUUUGUGUAUCUGACUACUGUGGAGGCUGCAACGCCAGGUUUUAUAUAAACGAUGAAGAAGUAACAGGAAUGUGUAGGAGAAGACGGUUUCCUUAUCUGUUCAGGCGCCGUUUUUAUUUGAAAUAACUAUUAUACAAACAGGACGUUAAUGCAGACAUAUACAUGUACUGAAAAUACUGUAAAUCACCUGUAUUUCGUGAUAUAGAAACAGUAAAACCUGUGUGAUACGAUACCCUGAAGGAAUCACCUAAUUCGUUGGAUAAGAUCGCGGGGUCUGAAUACACAGGUUUCUUUUUAAUUCUUCUCUAUCAGAAAUUGGAUAUCUGCAGGUUGUUGGAAUAUCGUGAGUAGGACUAAAGAGGAUUUACUGUACUCGAAUUGACUUGGUUGGUUAAACCCGACUUUACAUAUCACUGAUACAGGGCAAACAAUUGAUAUGGAGAGAACUGUUUAUGGUGUCCUGUUGAAUUACAUAGGAUUCAUAAGUGUGGUGCAAAAUAUCUUCAUCACGGGAGUGCAAACUAAAUCAGUUUGAGAAAUAGCGUUAUAUUUGUAAAGACCAUGGUUCAAAUCUCAACCUAGCCCCGCUCUUUCUAGAUGAAAGAACACUGUUAUUGAUUAUAUGUAUUUUGUUUAAAUUUAUUCUUUAUUGUGUUUUCUUAAAAGUCCCUUAAGGUAUAUUUUUCUUUUCAUACAUAUUUUUUUUCAAAUGAUAAUCAUGCUAGCAAAAAAAUAUGUUUCAGGUCCAUACUUACAAGUUUUUAUAGUGCUACGAGGAUCGUUAACCUACCAUUUUUAAGAUCAGUGAUACAAUAUACAUUAACAUUU